UGUGUGCAUUUGAAGGGAGGGACGGCGAUGGAUGGACCAAAUCUAAAAAGCAAGACUUAAUUUCUUAGUCGGAUAGGAAGAGAAGCUGUAUCUCUUCAUUUUCUCAUGUGAUGAACUAUAACCACCCGCUGGGCCUAAUCUGUGCGGAGAGAACACGUCAGUCGGUUGGGGGUCGUGAGGCUGAGCGCGCUGUUAAACGCUCUACGUGGCCUCUGUAGUGCUAACGCCGCGCGCUCACGCACGCGCGCACACCGCUCGCGUCCGGCUGCCGUAGCUAACGUUAGCGUAGUUUACCGAAGAUGGCGGCUUGUAGACGUGUGCAGCUCCUCUUACUCUUCAUGUCCCUUUCCGCUCGCUUCUGGUUUACUCAGGGAGCGAAGUCGCAGGGCGGCGUUAACGAGAAUCUGGUGGAUAAUGCCGACGUGGGUAAAAACCCCGGAGCUUCGCUCCAGGAGGGGAAGCUUGUGGCAGCGGCAGCUGCGGCCUCUCAGCCCCGCCGCAGCACCGGCUGGAAGCUGGCAGAGGAGGAGGCCUGUCGGGAAGACCUGAGCAGGCUUUGUCCCAAGCAUUCCUGGAACAACAACCUGGCCGUGCUCGAGUGCCUGCAGGACCGAAAAGAGGACACGGAAAUAUCAACAGAUUGCAACCACCUCCUGUGGAACUACAAGCUGAACCUGACAACAGACCCAAAGUUUGAGUCUGUGGCUGUGGAGGUGUGCAAGAGCACCAUCAAUGAUAUUAAGGAGUGUGCAGCAGAAGAGCGGGGAAAAGGCUACUUGGUAUCAUGUUUGGUGGAUCACCGUGUUAACAUCACAGAAUACCAAUGCAAUCAGUACAUCACGAAGAUGACUAGCAUCAUCUUUAGCGACUACCGCCUCAUCUGUGGCUUCAUGGACAAGUGCAAGGAUGACAUUAACAUAUUGCACUGUGGAAGUGUUAACACCGGCGAGAAGGAUGUGCACUCUCAGGGAGAGGUGAUAGCUUGUCUGGAGAAAGGUCUGGUGAGUGAAGUGGAGGAGCAGGCAGCACCUUAUUCAAUUAAAGAAGAUUGUAAGAAAGCCAUCAUGCGGGUGGCUGAGCUUUCCUCAGAUGACUUCCACCUGGACAGACACCUCUACUUCGCCUGCCGGGAUGACAGAGAGCGCUUCUGUGAAAACAUUGCAGCAGGAGAGGGGAGGAUCUACAAAUGUCUCUUCAACCACAAGUUUGAGGACACCAUGUCUGCAAAGUGUAGGGAGGCCCUGUCCACAAGACAGAAGCUGAUAGCUCAGGACUAUAAGAUCAGCUACUCACUUGCCAAGGCCUGCAAACAAGAUCUGCGCAAAUACCGCUGUAGUGUGGACACCACCCUGCCCCGAGCUAGAGAGGCCAAGCUUUCCUACCUGCUGCUGUGCCUGGAGUCAGCUGUACACCGAGGACGAACGGUUAGUGGUGAGUGUCAGGGCGAGAUGUUGGACUACAGACGCAUGCUGAUGGAGGAUUACUCCCUGAGCCCUGAAAUCGUGCUGCACUGCCGCGGAGAAAUCGACACGCACUGCUCCGGUCUGCACCACAAGGGCCGAACCCUCCACUGUCUCAUGAGAGUGUCCAGGGACAAGGGCAUUAUGGACAACCUGUGCCAGAAAGCUCUCCAAACUCUAAUCCAAGAGACGGACCCUGGGGCAGAUUACCGGAUUGAUCGUGCCCUCAAUGAGGCCUGUGAGUCAGUCAUCCAGACUGCAUGCAAACACAUCCGCAGUGGAGACCCCAUGAUCCUCUCUUGUUUGAUGGAGCAUCUCUACACUGAUAAGAUGGUGGAAGACUGUGAGCACAGGCUGUUGGAGCUGCAGUAUUUCAUCUCCAGAGACUGGAAGCUGGACCCUAUCCUGUACAGGAAGUGUCAGAAUGAUGCUGCACGAAUCUGCCACACUCAUGGCUGGAAUGAGACCAGUGAGUUCAUGCCCCCGGGAGCCGUCUUUUCCUGCCUGUACCGACACGCCUACCGCACUGAGGAGCAGGGCCGACGGGAUUCCUCUGAACCCCAGAGUAAUGAUUCUUUGUCUCGUGACUGUAAGACGGAGGUACAGCGAAUCCUCCACCAGAGGGCACUGGAUGUGAAGCUGGAUCCAGACCUGCAGAGGCGCUGUAUGACUGACCUGGGAAAGUGGUGCAGUGAGAAAACAGAACCUGGACAGGAGCUGGAGUGUCUUCAGGAUCAUUUGGAGGAUCUGGGCUCAGACUGUAGGGAUGUUGUGGGUAACCUCACUGAGCUGGAGUCUGAGGACAUUCAGAUUGAAGCCCUUUUGAUCCGAGCUUGUGAACCAGUCAUCCAAUCCUACUGCCACGAUAUGGCAGAUAAUCAGAUAGACACUGGAGAUCUGAUGGAGUGCCUUGUACUCAAUAAACACCAGAAGGAGAUGAAUGAAAAAUGUGCAGUGGGAGUCACUCACUUUCAACUGAUCCAAAUGAAAGACUUCCGCUUUUCUUACAAGUUCAAGAUGGCUUGCAAGGAGGAUGUUCUCAAACUGUGCCCCAACAUCAAGAAGAAGGUGGAUGUAGUUAUCUGUCUGAGCACCACAGUCAGGAAUGACACUCUGCAGGAUGUGAAGGACCAGCGCGUCUCAAUGAAGUGCCGCAGGCAGCUCCGAGUGGAGGAGCUGGAGAUGUCAGAGGAUAUCCGCCUAGACCCGGAUCUGUACGAGAGCUGUAGGCAGGACAUUAAGGAACAUUGCCAGAAUGUCUUGUACGGCAAUGCUCAGGUGAUUGAGUGUUUGAAGGACACUAAAAAACGCCUAUACCCGCGCUGUCACCAGAAGGUCUUCAAACUGCAGGAGAAAGAGAUGAUAGACCCUGAACUCGACUUUCAGCUCAUGAGAGUGUGUAAGCAGAUGAUAAGGCGUUUCUGCUCUGAAUCUGAUGCUAAGAACAUGCUGCAGUGCCUGAAACAGAACAAGAACAGUGAGCUCAUGGACCCCAAAUGCAAACAGAUGAUCACCAAGAGACAGAUCACCCAGAACACAGAUUAUCGACUCAACCCUGUGCUGAGAAAGGCCUGUAAGGCUGACAUCCCAAAGUUUUGCCAGCCCAUCCUGAACAAAGCAACAGAUGACAAUGAGCUGGAGGGCCAGGUUAUCUCUUGCCUCAAACUCAAAUAUGCUGACCAGCGCCUCUCUCCAGACUGUGAGGAUCAGAUCAGGGUGAUUCUGCAGGAAUCUGCUUUGGACUACAGACUGGACCCUCAGCUACAGAUGCAGUGCACUGAAGAGAUCCCUCGGCUGUGUGCAGAGGAAGUAGCCGCGCAGGAGCAGACAGGUCAGGUGGAGGAGUGUCUGAAAGUGAAUCUGCUGAAGAUCAAAAACGAAGCCUGCAAAAAGGAGGUAUUAAACAUCCUGAAGGAGAGUAAGGCUGAUAUCUUUGUGGACCCAGUGCUGCAUACAGCCUGUGCUCUUGACAUUAAGCAUCAGUGUGCUGCUAUCCCUCCUGGCAGAGGAAGACAGAUGUCUUGUCUGAUGGAAGCUCUUCAGGACAAACGUGUAAGACUGCAACCUGAAUGUAAGAAGAGGUUACAGGACCGUAUCGACAUGUGGAGCUAUGCCGCCAAGGUACCUGAGGAAAAACAAAAGUAUGCAGUCACAAAAGCAGUGUUGAAGCCUGAAGCCUGUAAAAAAUGUUUUAACCUGAGUUCCAAACUGCCUCUGGAAGCAACAUCAGCACAAGAACUUUUUUGCGACGAGACCUUUUUGAAAUGGGUUUGCAUGACUACACGGCCACACACAAGCACUAUGUGAAAUGCCACUACACUCUGGAAGCAGUGGAAACGCAUUCUCUGGAGUGAUGAAUCUGGGUUUGGUAGCUGCCAGAAGAUGCAAACAGUAAAGUUUGGUGGAGGAUGGAUCAUGUUCGGGGGCUGUUUUUCAGGGUUUGGAAUUGGCCCCUUCCGGUGAAGGGUCAAGUCGAAGACAUUUUAGACAAUUAUAUGCUUCCAGAUUUAUCGCACCCAGCAUGUUCUAGCAUGACAUGGCUUGACGAAUUUGCUGUGGAGGAACUCCAGUGACCUGCAUAGAGCCCUGACCUCACUAGAGCCACACUGAAAACCUUUAGAAUGAUUUGGAACAUAGAUUGCGAGCCAGGCCUUCUCGUCCAACAUCAGUGCCUGACUUUACAAAUUUUCUUUUGACUGAAUGGGCACAAAUUACCAGAGACGCACUCCAAAUGUCCAGCAAGCUUAUAUAGAUCUCAUGGUCAGGUGUCCACAUACUUUUGGCCAUGUAGUGUGUCAACUAAUUUUUAACUAAGACAUUCUUUCAACUAUAUUUAUAUUUAUUUUUUUACAUUUAUUCUAAUGGUACAUAUGGUGUUUUUACAAGUAAAAUCACAAUGGCAAGGUAAUUGAUUUUAUACAGUGUGUAUACUUAUCCUACUCUGGUUGCUCUUACAGAAAGAAACAGAGCCUGAGGGAGACACCUAUUUAUAUGUAUUUCCACCAUGCUUUUACAUUUUUUUUUCUUUAUCAAGGCUCCAUAGUUCAUCUUUUUCACUUACAGCAUUUUGAUAUCUUUGAAAGCCUGUGUAUAUUUUAUUAUUGUUCUAUUAUUGUUAAAAAGUCCAUAUUUAUUGUUGUAAUGGUAGUUACUUGAAUCUUCACUAGCUUUCAUUCAUUGUUGGUUUGUAUACAUUCAAUUUAGUAGUUUUUUCUUUCAGGGGCCAAAGCAUUGCUCAUUGUCAUCUUUUUC